AUCCGAGGCUGGUUUGACUGGGACAUUCAAGGCGCAGUCGCUUUUACGCAUGUGCCAGGCGAUGAGCACCAUAGUUCUAACAAAAAAAUAUUUAACCACUUCCUGGAUAUUGUUCGGUGUUUAACAACUGUAUGUUUGUUAAAGUGCCGACGACUGGCUUCAAAUGCUUAUUUGUAUUUUCACCGAAUUGUACGACCUUCGUUGAGCAAACACCGUAGCUAUCCGCCCGUGUGAAUUCGCUCCUGGCGCAUUCGCCUACUUCAGCCCCAAACACAUUAUCGUCUCCGUUUUCCCCGUCGGACUACUUGUCACACUCUUAUUACGAACCGAGUUCAGCAUUUCGAUACAGGCUUUUCCUAUAUUCGUUUGUCCUAAACCAGUUUCAUUUCCUGAGUGCCCCAGAUCUGGCUAAUGAAAGACGCCAUUGUGGAGUAAUUUUGCCGGAGGGGAUUUCUUAUUUUAUCUCUUGCGGGGCUGACCUAUACCCGUGCGCAGGGAAUUCCACGGUACAGACGCGCCACUGCAAAUAAUUAAACUCCCGGGCGGAAGUCUGGAUCUAUGUUUGCAUCUUUGUAGCUGUGAUGUUAUGGAGACAAAACAUGAUAUAUAUGGAUAACCGUUCCAGCAUGUCCAGGCCCAUGAUCACCAGAUCACCAGCAUCCCCCUUGAGUAACCAGGGCAUCCCGACGGCUGCCCAGCUCACCAAGUCCAAUGCCCCUGUGCACAUUGACGUGGGCGGACACAUGUACACCAGCAGUCUGGCCACGUUAACCAAGUACCCAGAGUCCAGAAUCGGACGUCUCUUCGAUGGCACAGAGCCCAUAGUGUUGGACAGUCUGAAGCAGCACUACUUCAUAGACAGGGAUGGACACAUGUUCCGCUACAUCCUCAACUUCCUCAGGAUCUCGAAGCUCCUCAUCCCAGAUGACUUCAAAGACUACAGCCUGUUGUACGAGGAGGCCCGGUACUUCCAGCUGCAGCCCAUGCUGGCCGAGCUGGAGCGAUGGCGCCAGGACCGCGACCUGGCCCGGGUGUCACGCCCUUGCGAGUGCCUGGUGGUACGCGUGGCACCCGACCUGGGAGAGAGGAUCACGCUGAGUGGAGACAAAGCCCUCAUCGAGGACGUGUUCCCAGAGAUUGGCGACGUCAUGUGCAACUCUGUCAACGCAGGCUGGAACCACGACUCCACACAUGUAAUCCGCUUCCCGCUCAAUGGAUACUGCCACCUCAACUCCGUCCAGGUCUUGGAGCGUCUGCAGCAGCGUGGCUUUGAGAUCGCCGGAUCCUGCGGUGGGGGCGUGGACUCAUCCCAGUUCAGCGAGUACGUCCUGAGGAGGGAACUGAGGAGGGCAGGCCAGCGAGGAGGGCCUAACUCAAACCGUAUAAAACAGGAGCAGCUGGACUAGACCUCCCAGACACCUGGGGCGCUAGACUUUUUUUCCGGUGGCAGCCAAGCACUAGACGGGACGCAGCAGAGCUCUGUGGAUUCUGGGUAUAAUGCUGCGCUCAUGUGCUAAUUUGUACUAGGAAACUCUGAAAUGUACUACUUGCUAACUGGUUUAACGUGGCACGUGUAUAAUUCCAACCACUUUGCAUGUCGGAAAUGUCUGAGUUUCCUAGCUCCGACUAGCACGUGAAUGCCGCUUUACUGUUUUGUUUGUCAUUAAACUUUUUUUUUUUACUUGAGAAGAACCACAGCGAAAGAGUGACCAAGGCGUGACAGGAGUUUUUUGUUUUUUUUGCCAUAAGAAGAUACAGAACAUUUUGAUAAGUUGAUAUCUCAAGGAUAUUUGAUUGUUCAUGCCCCGCCCCCAUCAAAAUAUAUAAAAAAGGAUUAACACUUUCCCAGGGUCCCCAAAUAAAGUUUGUUUUAAAACUUUGAACCUACAUUAGGUUAGAUAUGAUUUCCAUGAUUAAGACCAUACGUGUAAAUGGUUUGAUUGCACAUGUAGUGCACGGCCAUUCACUAGUGAUUUGCAGUUUUUAUUUACCCAUUGGCAUAUUUACCAAGUCGAAUUGUUCUCCCAUACUAUAAGAACAUUCACUGUGUUGCUAGCGGCAGACAAACAGUGCUAUACAUCAUGGUGUUGUGAGAAGAUCUUGGUUAGCAUAAACACCAUUAUUUUUAACAGAACUGAAUGAAACAUUAUCCACACUCUUAUUCACACAGGAUGUUAAGUAUCGUAAUAAUACAAAUGAAGUGUUUUUACCUUAAUCAAAGUUACCUUAUUGGAUUUUAUAAUAUGAAAUAUAGUUCACAUUAGUAUUAUCAAUAUUUUAUGUCAUAGACCAUUCUAUACUCACUAAAUGAAAAGUAAGUAAAUUAUUAUAAAUGUCCCUGCAUUGCCUCUAUUUUGGGUACUAAAACCUAGAAAACAGAGGUGACUAAUUCAGAGGAGCCUGAAGUUCCUAUUGAGUGACCUACUGUAAAUGACAUUUGCCAUUGUAUGUUUUGUUUUUAUACAUUGAAAUGGACACCUUUUUAACCGGCAUAAUGUUGCCUCAUAAAUGACUGAACAGAUCAGGCUAAUGGUAGAAGACUCAAAUCUAAGAUUUAUUCUUAGGACAUUGAUGAUGUGAAGUUUGAUUAUCAUUAACUAUUUCUAACGUGAUCUACCUACGCUCCCUAGAUUUGAGUAAAGAGGAAUGUAGUACUAAAAUGUGAAAUAAAUCUUCAACUGAAGUUGUA